UAACAUGGCCUACUCCUUUUAACUUCUUGUAAACGUUUGAAACUAAAAUACGAAAUUGAAGAUUCAAAGAAUUUAACAGAGAAUUAGCCAACUAGGCUAGGCUUCUUGAGAAGUUGGUACAUGACGCGGUUUGUAACAGAUUAAUCAAAUUCAAAUUCAAAAAAACUGAAACGUAAUUGGGCUUUCUGGCUUUGACCUUUUCCACCCAAAUUUCCACCAAAUACAAAGAAAAAAUAAAGUAAAAUUCAUAGCUUUCUUGCUAAAAUUUGAAGUUUUAGUUUUAGAGAGAGAAUGAUGAAUCCGAAUUGGGGGCUGAGGGGUUGCUGUAAUCGUGAUCAAAAGACUUUCAUGAUCACCAUUGGCAUCUUCACUGUUGUUAUUCUUGCGUUAUGGAGGACAUUUUUGCUGACACCGUUUAAGCUUAUUACCGUCUUUCUUCAUGAAGUCAGUCAUGCUAUAGCAUGUUUACUUACAUGCGGUUCGGUGGAGGGAAUUGAGGUUCAUGCAAACGAGGGAGGUUUGACAAGAACACGCGGUGGUGCUUAUUGGCUGAUCUUACCUGCAGGAUAUCUUGGCUCUUCAUUCUGGGGAAUGCUUUUGGUACUUGCCUCCACAAAUCUCAUGACAGCAAGAAUCGCUGCUGGCUGUCUCGGAGUAGCUCUGCUUGUCGUGCUAUUCAUUGCAAAAAAUUGGACGCUUCGAGGACUUUGCAUUGGUUUCAUUAUUUUUAUUGGUGUAAUUUGGGUGUUGCAAGAAAAGACGGAAGUACGUAUCCUUCGGUAUGUCAUUCUUUUUAUUGGGGUGAUGAAUAGUCUGUUCUCAGUUUAUGAUAUCUACGAUGAUUUAAUAUCUCGAAGAGUUAACUCAAGUGAUGCUGAGAAAUUUGCUGAGGUUUGCCCUUGCCCAUGCAAUGGGAUGGCUUGGGGGUUCAUUUGGGGAAUGAUAUCCUUUGUAUUUCUAUGCGGAGCCAUGUAUUUGGGGCUUGUCAUCCUGUCAUGAGUAACAAUGCUUCUCUGAGCAUAUUUUCCAAGGACUUAGCACUGAGUGUCUAGUAUCAGCUGACAUGAUGGAUGAACAGAAUUUCUUUAUUCUUUCGCAGUAAUUCUUGCUGUCUACAUACAAAGGGUGGCUUGUACAUUUAGACAGGAUGAAUCCAUUGUUAUAGUAUUACUGACUGAGGAAAACAAUGUAUUAACACAUUUAUUUCUACUAUAUGGUAAUUGAUUAAGAUGUUUCUGA